GAAUUUAACCCGGAAGAGGGUGGGGUCCGCAGUUGGGGAGUUGGCUGGAUGAGGAAGCAGCCGAUCAAGCUUUAGUGCCACAACGCGACCAGAACCGGGACAAAACGCGACCAGAACCCGAGACGGAUCCAGACCUGUGUUCCCCAGAGACUCCGACACCAGACCCGGACCCGUCUGCCCCAGUAACCCGCGACAGACCGACACCAGGCCACUGGACGUUAGCUAACGGCUAAGCUAGUGAUCUGCUAACAGUGACGCGGACGUCGGGACCGGUUUCUUCCUAACCCUAACCCAGCAGAUAGAGAAGAAGAUGAGUGGAGGACUGAACAGCAUCGAUGCGGUGAAGAAGAAGAUCAAAGUUCUGCAGGAGCAGGCGGAGGAGGCGGAGGACCGAGCAGCCAGACUGCAGAAGGAGGUGGAGAAGGAGAAGAGGAGCAGGGAGGAGGCGGAGGGGGAGGUGACAGCUCUGGGUCGGCGUCUGCAGCUCAGCGAGGAUAAUCUGGAGCGAGUCCAGGAGAGACUGACCACAACGCUGCACAAACUGGACGAGGUGGAGAAGUCUGCCGACGAGAGCGAGAGAGGAAUGAAGGUGAUAGAGAACCGAGCUCUGAAAGACGAGGACCGGAUGGAGCAGCAGGAGGUUCAACUCCGAGAAGCCAAACUUAUCGCUGAGGAGGCUGACCGCAAAUACGAAGAGGUGGCUCGGAAACUGAUGAUGGUCGAAGCAGAACUGGAACGAGCUGAAGACCGGGCGGAGCAGGGAGAGAGAAAGAGCCGGCAGUUGGAGGAGGAGCUGAAAACAGUCUUCACGGGUUCAAAGUCUCUGCAGGCGCAGACGGAGAAG